AUGUCAUCAUCCAUCAAAUUUUCACUCGCAACGAGCUCAAAGCAUACUUCCACAUCAGCGCCCUCGGCAGGAUUCAAACUACCCAAUGCUUCCAAACCUCCAGCAACCAAACAAAAAUCCAAAUCUGUUUUGAACCAAUUUAAUGAUGAAGACGAUGACGAACAAGAAAGCGAGCAAAACAAAUUACAAUCACUAUCACAAGCCAGUCAGAAAAAUAAGUCGAGUAAAAUGAUACCGAUCGUUCCAAUCUCAAGCUCUAAACUAUCACGACAACAAAGACUUGCCCAAGAAGAAGCCACCAAACUAGAUUCUACAAUCUUCGAAUACGACCAAGUUUAUGAUUUGAUGAAGCUUGCCGACAGCAAAGCGAAAUCGGAGAAGGAUCAGAAAGGUGCCGAAAGGAAACCACAAUAUAUAUCCGGUUUAAUCGAAACAGCCAAGCAGAGGAAAAUAGAUAGAGUUAGAGCGGAAGAUAAAUUGGUCCAGCGCGAAAGAGAGUUAGAAGGGCAAGAAUUUGCGAAUAAAGACGAAUUCGUCACACCGGCUUAUUUACAACAACAAAAAGAAUUGAGAGAAGCUGAAGAGGCCGAAAAGUUGAAAGCCGAAAAGGCUCCCAAUAAACAAGCGAUGACGACGUUCUAUCAGAAUAUACUAGAAGAGGAUUCGAAGAGACACGAGGCGGCCGUCAAAGCAGUGGCCGCUGCGGCAGCGACGACAAAGAAAGCAUCAAGUAGUAUCUCCCUGGGUCUCUCUGCAGCUCUUUCGAACGCCAAAAAUUCCACCGAAAAUCCCGGUCAAUCGUCUCAACCACAAUACGAUCCCGAGCCAGAGGCUGUACCAAGCGAAGCCAAACUGGCAGUCGAGAUAGGUAAAAAGCUGGGGCGAAAGGUGGAUAUAGACGACGAAGGGCGCAUCGUGGACCAUAGACAAUUACUAACCGGCGGAUUAAAUCUUGGACCACCAAAGCUUGUGGGACCCCAACAGCCGAAGAAGAUCGGCUUCGCUUUGCCAAUAGCCGAACGAAAAGCUCAAGAAGAACGGGAGAGAUUGGAGAACGAAGCCUCCGGAAAAACAAAAGAAGAAGACGACGAAGAGGAAGGCUUAACUCAAGCCGAAAAACUCAAGCUAUCUCGAGAAAGACAAUCCAACUUGUUGCAGCAGCAACUAAUCGAAUUGGAAAACAAGAAACGCAAACUGGAGGAAGAGUCUAGAACAGAGAAUAUGAAAAAGGUCGCCAAACGAAACGAUGAUUCUAAGAUUGAAAUGCUGAAACAGCAAGCUCUGAAACGAAGACAAGAGCGCCAAGCUGCAUUGAAGGAGUCAGAAGCCCAAGCUCCAUCAUCUUGA